AGAGAGCGCGCGGAAAUGAAUUUUAUAAUACGAAAAAAAGUCCACACAACUUUUUAUUGACAUUUAUACUGAACACUGAUGGUAGAGUAUUCAGAGGAAUGGAUCGGUACGUGCUAGUUGUUUCUUUUCACCAAGAAGAGGAUAAAUGCGCGAAGGCAUUGGAGGCUGCCAAACAGAUCUAUGAUAAACUGGGGAGCAUCGCCAGUUGUAAUUCAAAACGGAGGGUUUCUCUGUUUCCAGCCUGCUCUCUGAGUGGUGGUCCAGCCUCACAGAGGUGGUAUUUUGCUGUCCAGACAUGCCAUGGGACAUCUCAGUUCUGCAGUACAGAGUGGGAGGAGCUGGGUAGUUGUCAGAAGAACGAUGAGCAGGAGGAAAGAGGAGAAGACUGA